CGGAGAAUCUUGUGUUAUUGUACUAAGAGGAAGAAUUUCUCUAAAAAAGGACCGGACAACAGAAACGUUUGUAGGAGGUACAGAAAAAAUACUUAAUGCACUAUUUAGUGCUAACGGGCUAUUUUCAUUAAUUUGUUUUGGGCAGCUCAUUUUAGUAUGUUCCUAACGUGUCUACUCGUAAUCGUUUUUGGGGACGGGAUUUUUUGGUAGAUUUUUUAGAAUAUUUCUUUUUGAAAUUGGGAAUAAAAUUAGGAGGACCGAUUCGAGAAUAUGGAUGUUUAUUUAUAGUUUUUGGUUUAAGAUCCGGUAUUGCGUCAUUCAUUUGCCCGAUGGCAGGGGACUUUUCUAUAUUUUUGUAUCGUUUAAAAUCAAAACCUUUUCCACUUUGUUUAUCAACAUUUUCAGCUGCUUUUUGCAGUAAGUUUUUCAAGCCUGAUUUACCUUCAGUAACAAGAGAUUCUUUAAGAUUUUUUCCCUCUAAGACAUUGCUUAAAACUCGAUUACCGGAUUCUAAACCCUGUCUUCCAAUAGCGCUACCAAUUUCUUUACCAAUCGGGAUUAAAUAA